AUGAAGAUGUUUGAAGCCAUAGUUUUGAUCAUUGGACAUCAAUUCUCACAUUCGGAUGACAAAUUUCUAGAAAAUCCGUCAAAAAUGUUUUGUGAAAGCAAAUUUUUGAGUUAGUUGGAGAGGGAAAUUUCUAGAAUGAAGAUUCUAAAAAUUUUGAGUUGAUUUUUGGCAGUUUUGACGAAAAAAUUAACUAAAAUUGACGGAUUUCCUAGAUUUUUGCCUACCGAACGUUGUCUUGGAUCUGAGCUGUGGAUGGAUUGAAGUGUUGACCACGGAUGAACUUCAUCGUUUUUGGCGCUCGGAGAGAUGUCAGCCCAAUCAUAAUGGGUUUUUCGGGAGGCUGUGGGCUGGGAUGUUGAUGAUCAAAAAGCGAAAUUUGAGUGAAGGGGAAAUUUGUAUCAAAAGCAAGCUCGGAAUUUAUGGUAGAUAAUGAGUGAUGUUGGCUUUCGUUUUCUUGCCUAAAGGGGUGUCGAAAAGCGAAAGGAUUUUUUUCCAAUUUUUUUAACAAAAAUUAAUUGGAAUACGUUUUCGGUACGGAAUUUUUCACAAUUUUGUCUAAAAUACAGAUAUCCAUCUUAAAAAAUGCCCGAAAUUUACCCUUAUGAUCAAACUUUUGCGCUCUAAGAUCUUCUCCAUGAGGUCAUUGGGGUUCUGAACACUGUAAAACUCGCAAAACCUUGACUUACCGAACUGUCUUGACACAAAUGGGGUGGGACCAGAUCCAUGGCGAUGCAUCGAGUCAUAAUACAUAAAUCAAGGCCAAUUUCGGCCGGAUUUUACAGUAUUCAAAUAGCUUUCGGCGGGAUUUACAGUAUCCCCCACCAGCCAGAAUUGCGACCUUUUGUGCAAUAUAGUGCCUGAAUAUUACGAUUCAAGGCCUAAUAGUGUAUUUUUAGGGCCAUUAGGGCUUUUUAUUGUCAUUUUUGGCGGGAAUUACGGUAGCAACCCACCAGCCAAAAAUGAAAUUUAUGGUUUUACGAUCUUCCAGAUUGAGCUCGAAAUCAUCUUCUUGAGCUCUUUUUUUCGAGUUGUUUACUUCAAAAUUAUGUUGUACUAGACAAUUGGCUCGAAGUAUUCGUAUUUUUUUUAUAUUUCUGCCCUAAGCUUAUAUUAGUCAUCUUAAGUUAACGUCAAUUACAGGAUUCAAAAUUUGUCAUCAAAAUAUCCAGAAUUUUGUGGGAUUCUGAUGACAAUCCCAAUUUUUAUUUCUUAAAAUCCUCAAAAAACCACCAAAAAUCCCAAAAAAAUCCCACUGAACUUACCCGUCGACCCUACCCCAGCUCCAGCCACCGGGACGGCAGCGGUGGAGGAGGCUGGGGUCUUCGCAGAUGCGGGCUGGGUGCGUGAAGACAUCUCGGAAGAGUUUCGCUGUACCAGGAUAGAGAUCAACCGGUGAAUGAGAGGAAUGCCAACGAAAUUUUGGUGAAUUUCGAUUAUGCAAAUUUCGAAUUUUUGUGCAAAUUCGUGGGAAAAUUUCACUUUUUUUGGAUUUUUCAUUCAAAUUUGUCAAUUUUUUGGAAGGUUUUUUGCCACGUGGCGCGAUUUCGCACGUUUUUCGAGAAUUUUGAGAGUAUCAGGGCGAGUAAGGACAAGGGUUCAGGAUUGUAUUGGACGUUUCGGGUGAGUUUUUGACAAAUUUUUAAAUUUUUUUAGCUUUUGAUGUAUUUUUUGGAUUCAUGUGGAAUUUCAGAUUGUUCAUUGCGUAACCUGGUGCUCUCAGCAUCGGAAGGACGGCCGGAAACCCUCAGGCUUUGGAGAUAGAGGACGACAGUUGGUCCGAAUCGCCGUAGAAAUGAGUUCUGCUGGGCAAAAUCGAAAAAGUAAGUUGUGUUUUGAAUUUUUUGCAUUGUUCGGAAUUUAGGCAACUGCAUCGGAGUCCCCCCUCCCCGUGAAUGUGAUGAGAGGCAUGUGGUGGCUGAAGCUUUUUAG